CUGCGAGUCAUGGUCUGGGUUUUUGUUUUUUUUUUUUGGCUCCAUGACAACAGAAACUAAUAUGCAAAUUCCUGCUUUGACUGGGAGCCAGAAUGAAAAAGUUUUUCUGCCGUCGGGCUUUUUGGCUCCAUCUCACACUCGAACCGCUGUUUGUCUAAAAGAAUCUGCUGCUUCUGCGCCAGGAAUUUCAGCUACCUCUGCUCUUUAUUAUGGGAUGUCUCCACAGGAACGCCCAGUGAUUUAUGGAGCUUGUAUCUGCUGAAGAGGAGGAGGAAGGGGAGGAGUGAGAAAGUGAAACUGGAGUUUAAAGCUGUCAGAUUUCGUAAAGCUGCAGCCAGAAGGAGGCGAAGGAUUUCUGGGGAGGAAGACUGGAGCUUCUUCUAACCUUCUGCCCACAUGUUGGAGUUCUGACCUCCCCUUGUUCCUCUGGAUCCUGCAGGAUUAUCGGUGGAGGGUCUGCAGCAGCUGGUCUGAGGUCCGUUGGGAUGUUGCAGCGGGAAGAUGCCACGCAGAUGAUGCCAUGCCGACAGACUGUCCAGCUCUGCUCGUCUUUCUGGGCUUCUUCUGUCUGCUCGCCGUGACGCAGCAGGACGUGGACAAACGCUGCACCAAAGGCGUCCUGUGGCAGGUCGAGGCCCUGCAGAGGAAAGCUGACACACAGAUCAGCUGCCGACUUUACACUCCGACCAGCCGAGACUUCGAGCAGAUUUGUCCCGGUGCUGCUCUCAGGUGUUUUGCAGAAGAACUUCAGGUCCUCGCUGAGGAGUGGGAACUGAACCCGAACCUGAACCGGAACCGCAAAGCCCGAUCCAAGUUCAACCUCCGCAUCCAGAAACUGGCCUCGUACUUCGACCAGAAAUUCAAUAAAUGGCAGAAGUUUGGUGCUUCUUGGUGCAAGAAGCCAUAAAACCAGAAAGUCUGAGAGGCAAACCAAAGCUACGGGAUCAAUAGAAGAUGAAUGCAGCAUGGCUCAGAAACGGUGAACAGAGGAGCAAAUUGUUGGAGAUACGUCCAGCAUGAUAAAAAUUCUUUCUGCAGCUGAUGAACAGAGACUCAAAACUGGACUAAAAAAUGUCCGAAAUGAUAAAAAUCUUGUCCAUAUUGACUCAAAAACUGUCAUUUUGAACACAUUUUAAAUUAUUUCAAAUACAUUUCAAGCUAUUUUGGACAGUUUUCCGGUCAUCUGAGACCAUUUUUGAGUAAUUUUAGACUACUUUUAUGUUAUUUUGGUCACAUUUCAAAUAAUUUUAUACAAUUUUAGCCUGAGACUAAAAUCCGACCUACUGGAUAAAAAAAAUAAAUGCAGCAUGGCUCAGAAACCGUGACCAGAGCAGCAAGUUGUUGAAGAUACAUUCAGCAUGGUGGAGCAUCUUUCUACAGGUGAUGAGCAGACAUCCAUCCAUCCAUCCAUCCAUCCAUCCAUCCAUCCAUCCAUCCAUUAUCUAUACACCGCUUAAUCCUCACUAGGGUCGUGGGGGGGGGCUGGAGUCUAUCCCAGCUGAUUUAGGGUGAAGGCAGGGGACACCCUAGACAGGUCACCAGUCUGUCACAGGGCUACAUAUAUAGACAAACAAUCACUCUCACAUUCACACCUACGGGCAAUUUAGAAUGAUCAGUUAACCUCAGCAUAUUUUUGGACUGUGGGAGGAAGCCGGAGUACCCGGAGAGAACCCACGCAUGCACAGGGAGAACAUGCAAACUCCAUGCAGAAAGAUCCCGGGAAAGCCGGGACGCGAACCAGGGACCUUCUAGCUGCAAGGUGAAAGUGCUAACCACUACACCACUGUGCAGCCCAUGAGCAGACAUAUAAAACUGGAAUAAAACGCUCUAAAAUGAAUCAAAUUGUCCAUAAUGACUCAAAAAUGCUCAUAUUUAACAAUUCUUUGAGUCAUUUUGAACUAGUCUGGACAGAUUUCAAGUUAAUUUUGACCAUUUUUGAGUCAUCUUUGGACAAUUUGUUACUUUGCACAUGUUUAAAGUUAUUUUAGACAAAUAUUGAGUCAUUUUGAACAAGUUUAAAGUUAUUUUGGUCAGUUUUUGAGUUAUUUUGGACAAUUCUGUGCCACUUUGGACACAUUUCAAGUUAUUUUAGAUGAGGUUCAACUCAUUUUGGACAAUUUUAGACUAAGAUGACCAGUAUGUAAGGACAAUACAGCCUACAGAAUGAAUAAAAUAAAUGUAGCAUGGCUCAGAAACGGUGAACAGAGCAGCAAGACACGUCCAGCAUUUUGAAACAUCUUUCUAUUGUCGAUUCUGUUGCCAUUUUAAACUAAAUUUUUAGUCAUUUUGAACUAAUUUCAAGUAAUUAUGGAGAGUGUUCAGGUUGUUUUGGACAAUUGUUAAGUAGGUUUGGACUAAAUUUUGAGUAACUUUUGACAUUUUUUUGUUAUUUUGAACAAAAUUUCAGUCAAUUUUGGACAAUUAUAUAUUGUUUUGGACCGGUUUUAGAUUAUUUUAGACACGUAAGUAAUUUUGGACAGUUUUUUAGGUAGUUUGGAUGAUUCAUCAGUAGGUUUAGAUAGGUUUUGAGUCAUCUGUGAUAUUUUUUGUUACUUUGAAUGAAAUUUGAGUUGAUUUGGACAAUUUUAUAUUACUUUGGACAAAUUUAAAGUUAUUUUAGACAAGCUUUUUGUUAUUUGGACAGUUUUGAAGUUAUUUUGGACAAUUAGAUUGACAGUAAAGAGUAGCAUGGCUCAGAAACAGUGAACAGAGGAGCAAUUGUUGGAGAUACAUUCAGCAUGGUGAAACAUCUUUCUACAGAUGAUGAGCGGAGACCCAAAACUGCAACAAAACCUGUGUAAAAUUACCCAAACGUUGUCACAUUGAUCUUAAGUUUAGUCAUUCUAACAAAUUGAAUGUAAUUUUAGACAGUUUAUGAGUUAUUUUAGACAAUUCUUGAGUCAGUUUGGAUAAUUUUAUGUUACUUUUGACACGUUUAAAGUUAUUUUAGACAGGUUUUGAGUCAUUUAGUACUUUUGGGCCAUUUUUAAAUAAUUUUGGACAGUUUUUGAGACAGUUUAGACAUUUAUUUUGUUACUUUGGACUAGUAUUGAGUCACUUUGGACAACUCUGUGUUACCUUAAACAAGCUUCACGCUAUUCUAGACGUGCCAAAAGUUCGACAGUCUUGUUGGUUUCCUCUUGUUUUUUGUUUUAGCAACAGCACAAGUUAAAAAGGCACUUUGUGAUAUUUUCCAGCAUAUUUUAACUUAAAAGAAGCUUCUUUGCUGGUUGUUCUCUGUACAUGUAUUAAAGUAUCGCCUGAACAUCACAUUGUUAGAGGACCCAGCAUCGAGCCCUGAGGGGCGCUGGUAAUAGUCAGGUUCAGUGUUUUGAAUGUGUCGAUUCCUCUCAUAUUAUUCUAUUUCUGCCUUUUUUUCC